AUGAAUUGGACAGGAGGUCGCCUCCGGCGUCAAUCUCACAAUCGGCCAGACUCAAUAUUGCGGAUUCAAAAGCAGCACUUUGCCAAGGGGCGCCUUAAAAAGCGAGAGUCUAAUAACAAGAAUUCUUCUAUCUCCUAUCUACGUUCGAUAUCCCACCUUCGUGACAAUGGCCCCAAUGAACCAUACCACAACUCUACGCGCAAUGGCGAUGCAAGUUGGACGACGAGUCAGGCAGAUCAGGCCGGCAACCGCAUAUGUACGUCAUUCAAUAUCACACAUGGAAACCAAAGCCAUCAAGGAAAUCUGGCUUCUGCAAACAGAUUAGCUAUCAAGCCCAGCUCAAACGCAGAGGAAGGAACUGGUCUAUCUUACAUUGACAACAUCAAGCAACGCCUUCUACACAAGACCGAUUGGGUUGGGAUCUCUCCUACCCGACCUGUGCAAGUGAAUUUUGUCCCUAUCGAAGAAAAGGAAAGGAUAGGAAAGCGAAGAAAAUUGUCGAGUGCCGAUAGAAUGACAGCUACCGCUAUGACCAGAAGGUCUACACUUCAUAGUAAAGCAUCAUUCUCUUUUGAUGGUCAAUGGUCUCCUAGAAUGAAUCCUGGGUCAGGAUCUAACAUCGACAUUCGAAUUCAUACUGCUGAAACGCCCCUCGGAAUCUCAGGAAGUCUACAAUCACCCAUAAGAAUGGACUCUUCAGAUUCGAUACUUCUUGACGACAGUAUUGAUGGAGGACUAGGAGAGCGGCAUGCCUCUGUUAAUCGGGGGCCCUCUAUUGAGCCUGAUAAACAACAAGGGUUUCCGCAAUCCGAAAAAGGCCAGAGAGAAAGGGUAACUCGCAGCUCCAGCGAGCUGCUGACGGAUAGGUCCUCGACAAUGCCUGUUAUACACAGAUUCACUUUGGACGAUCAAAUACUCGCAGAAAAGGAGGGUAACUCGGAAUUGAAUCACUCUAUAUCAAAAUACCAACAGCUGAGUCCGCAGAUUUCGCCAAGGAAUCGCUUCGCUAACAAUUGCUUUGAUGAGUCAGAAGAGCAAUUGAGCUUCUCUGUGACAGUAAAGGUAGAUGACAGAUUCAGCGAGAAUGCUGGUUCCUAUGGAAGCAACUCGGAUUUAUUGCCUCAAACCCAAAAAAUUCCGAGGCAGCUACCACCACAACCACUUUUGAGAAAGCAGCCAGUUUUUUCUACACCAUUUCGAACUACGGGGGACACACAGUUUCUGGAUUAUAAGUAUUUUCACCAGGAACUUCCACCUCAAUACCCACAAGAGACAAUGAGCUUUUUCGGACAAAAUGUACCGACUCCAGGUGUGCCAGAUGGAGCACACAAAAGUUACUAUAAUCACUCGUCUCCUAUUCAAAAAAUCGCGGCUCCUCCGAACCAAGACGAACAAUUCAGUGAUUCACCGCCAUAUAUUCCAGCCGCCAGCUUCAGAGAAACGAAUAACAAGCCCAAAGAACCUGACCAAUCUCCAGAGAAGCCAGCCCCGAGGUUUCGUUUCCCAGCUCACUGGACUCCGCAUCACAAUGAACAACAAUUUGUAUACGCCGAAGAAGAGGCACCUGCAAACAUCCCUACUUCUCCUUUUGUGAUAGCAGCACCCCGGGCUUCUUCCCCUUUUGGAAGACCAAGGAAAGCACUGUAUGCGUUCGACAAGGAUUUUACCGGUGCCUCACACCAAUCGGACGAACAUGAGGAACACGACAUUCCACCUUACUUCAAUACGCCAUUUCAUCGAUAG